UACGCAUGAUUGCAUUCGCUAAAUUAACAAGUAGUUAUUUGUUAACGCAGUAACAUCCUACUACAGUCUGCAAGAUGGGACAAUGCUUAUUAGGAAUGGAGAAUCCGAAGCCAAGCCACGCCCUUGUCAAGCAGGAGCGAAAACCAAGCCAGGCCGAUACGAGGUCAAACUCGAAUUGCGUACCUCAUAACCCGGCUGGUCACGUGACCCCGCCUCACUCCAUGCUGACUUCUGACCUCGCGGAUAAGACGUUGCAAAGUGUGGGGAAAAAUGGGAGUCCGAGUAAAGCGGGAUCGGCGACGACAGACGACUUGGCCGCGAAACUCGACCAUCUCCACAUCAAGCAGCGGCGCCCUUGGUACCUCUCGCUGCUGGAGACGCCGCCGGUGUCUGGCUCGCUCCCCCCGACGUCGACAGAGCGCGAGAGAGACCGGCGAAUGCGCGUGCGCGGCGGCGACGACUUCCGCCUCCGCCUCAGGAGUGACGUCACGCCGCCUGAGCACGAGUACGGCGCCCGCGAGCGCGACCCGUGGAGCCGCGUCUACGAGGGCCAGCGCUCGUUCUCGCGGCAGAGGUCGCCCUUGAGGGAGGAAGAGCUGACGCCGGAGAUGGAGCGCCUGAAGGAGGUGAUGGGCUUCACGUCCUUCUUCUCCCCGAAAGAUCAAUGGCUUCAGAAGAGCUGGCCUUAUGACGAAGAGGAAGAACCGGUGGAUAUACUGCCGUUAUAGUUUUUUUUUAUCUUUUAAUAUUAAGUUUAGUCUACCCUAUUUUUCAUGCAUUUAGUUUGUUGCCAUAGAAAGUGCUGUGCCUUGUAAUGUACUGAGUGAGCAUACAGCGAAAGAGAGGAAAACAAAAGGGGUGUUUGUUUUAUUUCGAGAUUUAUGCUUUAUACGAGUUUGUGUAAUGUAUAGAUGGCAUAUGUAGGUGUUUAUUUGCUGUUUUGAAGAGAUAGAGGUGAAGGAGUGAAGGAUCUCAGAGUAAAGCUUUCUGAGAGGGAUUUUGUUUCUCUUUUUCACAAGAUGGAGAAUUUUUAAUAAAUGUCUUUUUUUGAGAAUAAGUGGCUUUUUCUUAUGAACUUCGUCCCUGGUGUAAUUUAG